AUGUCUUCAAACCCAGCAAACAUUCUUAUUGCACGCAGUAGCCCUUCUGCUAUAUUCCCCCGGUCCUCCUCUAGUCCGCCAUGGCUACUCGAAGAAGCAGAGGUCGAGGAUAUUGACGAAGUUGAUGUAUCUGACGAGAACGCCGAUACAGAGCCCAUUGAUGUUGAUGUUACGUUUCGACGAGACGCAAGUUAUGUAGGAACUGUCAAGAUUAUCGUCGAGACUACCACUUUCUGGGCGCAUAAGGAUAUUCUGAUGUUCGCAUCUCCGUUCUUCGAGGCUGUGCUCAGUGGAAACUGGGCAGAGACCUCUGCUAGCAAGAACCGAACUUCUUGCUCUUCUAUCAUCACCAUUUCUCAACCCCCUUCCCAGCCUUCACCGGCCCACCCCUCUCAAACCGCCCCUGCUACAUCAACCAUGCCCCAUCCUUCAGACGAAAUCGAUUCCGACUGUGUUCGUGUAACAGACGUUGAUACCGAACUCAGCAGCGCGGACGAAAGUGACGGGGAACUGGCCGAGAACAAGGAAAAGGAGCGGCUGGAGUCCUUGAAGAAAUUACAAGGUGCUUCUGAAUCUGGAACUGGUAGAGCUCGAUCCAAAACCGCGCCAGAGCUCUCAAGAACGAGUAAAAGGCGGUCCAAGCCUAUUCCGGACGCGGUAAUACAACUCAAGGAGGAAAAGGCUGGCAUAUUUCACGAUUUUCUCAAAUUUGUAUACCCCCAUCUAGAGUGUACGGUUGCAUGGAAUAACGUAGAAGGAUUAAUGAAUAUAUCUCACAAACUCGUCGUUCCUUCGCUGCAGACCGCAUGCUUGCAGUUUCUUCUUACUCAUGCUGCUGGAAAACCUAUAAAGGCAAUGCGAAUAGCCGAACUAUUCGAACAUGAGGAGCUUUAUAGGGAGAGCAGUCGAUUUGUGUUGGAUAAUCCAGGCGGAUGGUCCGAGGCGGAGUUGUCGACCCUAUCGCAGGAGACCUUGUUGAAGCUUGAGAAACGCCGAAAUUGGUUUUUGGAGCGCGUAUUGAAACUUGGGCUCGUCCCAAUUGCCAGAGAAUACCAAUGCUCUCUAACAUGCCCUGAUCCUUCCAACUGUGCUCGUCAACUCGAAGAAAAAUGGAGACUGGGAUAUCAUGCCUUGUUCCGGUUCGGUCCCGCCCAGCCGUCCAUGGUAUUCCGGUAUUUACGCCAAUUGGAAGGCGUCAGUCCUCCCCUUAGCCUUACCACCUCGCUUGUCAAACUACUGCCAAGCAUGGGUCGCUACGUGUAA